AUGUGAAUAUAAAAGAAUUAAAACGAGAUAUGUUAGCUCUAAAAAAUGAUCAUGCAAGAAUAGAAAAAGAUUUGGAAUGGAAAAGUGAAGUCCGAAGUCAAGGUUCGUAUUAUAUUACAAGUUUAGCGUGUAUUCUACGUGUUGAUUAA